CUGUAGCGGGACGGAGGAGUAACGCCUCUGCCUCCCGUUUCUCCUGGCCGCCCACGCUCCUUCUUCACACCCGUUGCGACUCCGUGCGGAUGUAUCCACUGGUUUGGGUUUCCGUCUGUUGGGACGGCCUGCGGGGAGACGGAGAGCAGGGAAGGCCGUGUGUGGGAGCCGCGGCGUGGAGGUGGCACCGAGGCGUUGGCCGCUUUUAUCCUAGACAAUAAGAAGUGUCUCGGCUUCCGCAGAAGUGAGAGGAAGAAAGCCCAAAACAAAAAGAGCCAAGAGAUUCCUUGAGAAAAGAGAACCGAAACUCAGUGAAAAUAUUAAAAAUGCUAUGCUGAUUAAAGGGGGCAAUGCAAGUUCAACAGUGACACAAGUACUUAGAGAUGUGUAUGCACUGAAGAAACCAUAUGGAGUUCUGUAUAAAAAGGUAACUUUUUUUAAUAUUAGGAAAAAUAUUACAAGACCGUUUGAGGAUCAGACAUCAUUGGAAUUUUUUUCAAAGAAGUCAGAUUGUUCUUUAUUCAUGUUUGGCUCCCAUAAUAAGAAGCGGCCAAAUAAUCUAGUAAUAGGUCGUAUGUAUGACUACCAUGUGCUGGAUAUGAUUGAAGUAGGUAUCGAGAAGUUUGUCUCCCUUAAAGAUAUUAAGAAUAGUAAAUGUCCGGAGGGAACAAAACCCAUGUUAAUAUUUGCAGGUGAUGAUUUUGAUGUAACAGAAGACUACAGAAGGCUAAAAAGCCUUCUUAUUGAUUUCUUCAGAGGCCCCACAGUAUCAAAUGUCCGUCUGGCUGGUUUAGAGUAUGUUCUGCACUUCACUGCACUGAAUGGGAAGAUUUACUUUCGAAGCUAUAAGUUGCUGUUGAAGAAAUCUGGCUGCAGAACACCUCGGAUUGAAUUGGAGGAGAUGGGACCCUCAUUGGAUCUGGUUCUGAGGAGGACACAUCUAGCAUCAGAUGACCUUUAUAAGUUAUCUAUGAAAAUGCCCAAAGCCCUCAAGCCAAAGAAGAAGAAAAAUGUCUCUCAUGAUACUUUUGGUACAACUUAUGGAAGAAUUCAUAUGCAGAAGCAAGACCUAAGCAAACUACAAACCAGGAAAAUGAAGGGGUUGAAGAAGCGACCUGCAGAAAGGAAAGCAGAAGACCAGGAGAAAAAAUCAAAGAGAAUUAAAAAGGAUUGAUGGAAUAUAGCCAGUAACUGCAUUUUUAUUGUAGUCUUUACUUAGACUUAUCAAGCAUCAGUUAUUUCAGAGUUUCUUGUAAGGUUUUAUUGUAUAUUUUUAUAACUUGAUAAUUUACCUAAAUUAUAUAUUAUAUACAUUGUGAACAGUAACAUACUAGUAUUAGGUUGAAAGUUAGGCUCUUACUGGAGACAUUACACCCUGGUAUGCCGUUUUCUCUCUGUGAUGUGACAUUUCCCUCUGCCUACCCCAUACAAAGUCUCCUAUCUCGUUGGGUGGGUGAGUGAGGAGGGAUCUCCAGAACAAUCAUUGGUAUUUUAGAGAAUUUUGGGUUAAGCUUUAGAUAAAGGGAGGAAGUUAUGGAAAGUAGCAAUGCUCCAAAGUAACUGUAUACAUGCUCAGUAUGAGCUACCUGGAAAGUUGACCCCAUCUCCCAGCAUAUACAUAUAACCUGACUUUUAUUUUUUUACUUUCCUGUUGUUUUACCUGAAAUUCUACCAGUUAGAGAUUAAUUUUGAGAUUUUAAGCUCUGUGUCUUAAAACAGAUCUCUGAGAUGUCCACUACCUGAUCAUUGACAUGCUACCUUACUAUUGAUUAGUUUAAGAGAUUCUGCUAAUAAAGGAGCCCUAUUCCUCUUCUUUGGGAGAAAGAAAGUUUUGAUAAGGGUUGAAGUGAGAAAGGAGAGAUUAGAUAAGUUAAGACACACGACAUUUUAGGGUACUGGGUAGCCGUAGGUAGCUAAAGGUCACAUGAAGGCCCUGGGUGUUUGCAUACAGAGUAGGAGUAAGCCAAAGCCAAACAGCUUAUUUUGAAAUUUCUUGAAGACUGGCCCUGUGCCUAGGAAAGUGGGGGAAAGCUUUCUGCUUCCUGCUUCUCGUACUGCAAACUUGCGUUCCCUAAAUGUACAAUUUAGUUUCCUUGACUGAGUCCCUGGCAAAGAGGCUCCUUUAUACAAGCACAAGCCGAUUAUGCUGUAAAAGUACAAACAUACAUAAACCAUGAUGUGUUAUGUAAA